AUGGAACGAAUCUAUGAUGCUAAGAGAUGUCCUGUAGAGAACAGGCUGGCAUACACUGAGUACCUUCUUGCUGGAGAGGCCGUGCAUUGGUGGUCCAACAUGAAGAUGAUGUUGGAAGACAGCCAAGAGACCAUCACCUGGGAACUAUUUAAGAAGAAGUUCUAUGCAGAGUACUUCCCAGAUAGUGUGAGGUAUGCGAAGGAGGUUGAGUUCUUGCAGCUGAUGCAAGGAGACAUGUCAGUGUCGGAGUACGCUGAUAAGUUUAAACACUUGGGCAUAUUUCAUACCCUGAAGAUGACAGAGGACUGGCAGUGUAGAAAGUUUGAGAAUGGGUUGAGGGGUGACCUCAAACUCAUGGUGGCUCCGCUCUCUAUCAAGGAAUUCCCUGCCUUGGUAGAGAAGGCAAGAGUGAUGGAGAAGCUUAAGGCUGAAGGGGCCCAUCUGAGGAGUGCCUGCCCCCAGCUUUCUAAUAGGAGGACAUGCCAUAGAUGCGGCCAGGUGGGCCACUUCAUCAAGGAUUGCCCAGUUGACAGGAGCACAGUGUCAAGGCCUUCACCACAACCUCAGUCACAGCCAUCGAGGGGAGGUGCGAGACCACAGGCGGCAGGUCGGGUGUACGUUGUCACUGGUGCCGAGGUAGCGGGAUCAGGUAACCUCAUCAUCGAGUCUUGUGUGAUAGCUGGUAGGAGCUUGCAUGUUCUGUUUGAUUCGGGGUCGACACAUUCUUUUGUGUCAGAAUCUAGAGUGGUGGAGUUGGGUCUUCCGGCGAAGGAGCUCCAGUAUGACCUGGUGGUGUCCACACCUGCUUCUGGGUUAGUCAGAACCUCGACCGUGUGUGCUAGGUGUAAGAUCGAGGUUGAGGGCGCAAAUGUCAUAUUGGGGAUGGAUUGGCUAUCUGCCAAUCACAUUCUCAUUGACUGCAACGAGAGGAAGGUGUUGUUUCCUAGCUUGGAAGAUGAAGACCUGUUGAUGUCCUCACAGCAGGUGGACAAGGCAGUGAAGGAAGGGACUCAGUGCUUCUUAAUUCUGACUCAGUUGUCCAUUGAGACUGAAAUUGGACCCUUGGAGGCGCCUAUAGUAGGGGAUUUCUCAUAUGUGUUUCCUGAGGAUGUGCCUGGCCUACCCCCUUAUAGGGAGAUAUAG